AUGGCUUCAGAAAGUCCUUCUUGCCCUUUGCCUUAUCGUUUUCAGUUCAUACACUCAAAAGGAGCUUUGCUUGUGCUCUUCUGGGACUUCAUGAUUGCAAUCAGUAUGAACAUGAUAAGAAACUUUAUGGCAUACUCUUCAGAUUUUGGACUACUUGUAGGUAUAGUAGAUAUUGGAAUUGCUUUUAUUCUCAUUUUGGCUGGAUUCUUGGGAGAUUUUUUAGUAAGCAGAUAUAAAUUUGUUCUUGUUGGUUCAUGCAUUUCAUUUAUCAUCAUGAUUCCUGUCAUAAUAAUGGCUACAUUACUGCCUUCAUCACACUUAUUGCUAGCUUUAAAAUGUCUCAUACCUAUUGUGAUGAUUACUAAUGCGAUUGUUCGUGUUAAUCUCUUACCUUUUAAUAUUGACCAACUCAUUGGAUCAUCAAGUGAUGAAUUAACUGCUGUGAUACUGUGGCAUAACACUGGACCAAUUAUUGCAAUUAUAUCUUCAUCAGCAAUAACUGCAGAAGUCAAUAGUGAAUUGACAGUAUCCAUCAUUUCUUUAGCCAUUGGUGUUUUCUGUAUUGCAACAGUACUAAUUAGUCACAGUCUCUUUAAAAAAUAUCUUGAGGUUACUCCAGUAAACACAGUUAAUCCACUCAAAAUAAUAAUACAAGAAGAGGCUCCUUCAAGAUUGGAACUAGGUAAGAAUAAGUAUGGUGGACCAUUUACAGAGGAAGAGGUUGAAGAUGUCAAAACUACUCUGAGACUGUUACCACUGUUAAUAAUUUGUGCUGCAUCAUCAUCAUUGUAUGGAGAUAACACUCAAGGAAUAUAUUCAAAUAACUAUGGAUGUGGUGGAUCAUUAAAAAGCUACAUGUCAUUUGUAGGAACAUAUAUUCUAAUUGUUCUACUUCAUCAAUUUCUCAUAUACCCUUGCUUUUAUAACUAUGUUCCUAGUAUGCUUAAAAGAAUAGGAAUAGGAAUGUUGUUGAUGGUUGUUAUCAAUGCUACUUUAAUGGUACUUGCAUUAAUUGGCAAUUAUAAUAGUGCACCAAUGUUUCAUUGUUUGACUGUCUAUAAAGUAGAGUCUAAUAUUGAACCACAAAAAUGGGAUAUCAUUGAUGGUAUUGCCUUGGCCUUGGUGUGGUAUUCUUUUAAUGUUGUUUUGGUUGAGUUUUUACAAGCGCAGUGUCCAAAAUCAAUAAGAGGAACAAUAGUUGGCCUUUGGCUUUGUUUCAGAGACUUGAGACAUUAUGUUAACUUUGCUUUAUUUCUACCUUUCCUCAUAUUCAUGGAUCCAAAAUUUUCAUUAGGUCGUGGUUUCUACUUUUGUCUCACUGAAGCAAUGAUUUGUCUCAUUCUGCUUCUAAUAUAUGUCAUCUUAGCAAAGCAAUACAAACUUAGGGUGAGAAAUUUUGAAAUUAACAUUCAUCAAAUUGCUGAGGAUCAUACUAUCCGUAAUAUUGAACAAGAUGAAGAAUACUGGAAUAAUAGAGAAAUAUCAGCUGAAAUGUCUCACUGA